CUUCGUUCAGACAAGCUGCUAAUCAACCAGAGAAGACGGCACGAUCGGGGGAAAACGUGCAGAAGUGAAGACGACUCGCCAGUAAUCGACACAAAGGCGCAAUAGCACGGUAUCGCAACGUCCCUGGGACACAAAAAUUACCAAAUAUGGACGAAAUGAUGCACAUGGGCACUCCGUGGCUGGACAAGCCAUACAGCGAGACAUACCGGAUGUAUGAAUGUUCACUCAACGACACGGAGCUUUGCACAUAUCAAGAGGGAUACUGGAGAUUCUGGUACGAAGCCGACCAUCGAUAUGCGUUGCCUACGGUGGCAUUCUUUCUUACUGCCAUUAUCUUGUUCUCCAUCGGCUAUCUCGCCGACAGCUUCACAUCGCAAUCGAUCCGUCGAUCAAAUAGCGUUCGUAAGCUCGUCGCUUUAAACCGAUUCCUCAGCUACAAGACCUACCGCAUCAACGGUCUAAAUUGGAACUCCGCACCACUCGGCAUCCUCGCGCUCGGAGCUGUCGGAUUCAUCUACUUCACCACCAUGACACUGGCACCGAAGCCGUACUACUGGCCCAGCAUCGCAAAGUUUGGGAACUCUCCGCCCAUCGCUACGAGAUCUGGCUGGCUAUCUCUUGGCUGUCUGCCCUUCGUCUUCGCAACUGCGGGCAAGAGUAACUUGAUCACUCUCGUGACAGGUGUAAGCCAUGAGAGGUUGCAGGUCUUCCAUCGGUGGAUCUCAUACGCUUUCUUCGUCACGGCGUUGAUCCAUACGUUCCCAUUUAUCGUAUAUAACGUCUCGCAGGGCACAAUGGUGGAGAGCUGGAACACUUCCGUGUUCUACUGGACGGGAACAGUGGCACUUAUCGCGCAGGCUUGGUUGACCUUUGCCUCGCUGGGUCCCUUGCGAUCCUUGAGCUACGAAUGGUUCAAAUUCUCCCAUUUUGUCGCGGCCCUAGUCUUCACCCUCUUCCUCUUCUUCCACUGCGACCACACACUCUCCUCAUGGGACUACUUCAUCGCCACCGGCGUGCUCUUCUCCCUCUCCUGGCUUCACCGCCAAACCCGUCUCUAUUUCGAGCACGGCCUCAACCACAAAGCCAACAUCAGCCUCCUACCCAACGGCUUCGUGUGCGUCCGCGUACCCACGACUUCGACUUGGGGUAUCGGCCAGCACUUCUUCGUGCGCUUCAUGGGAUUGGGAGUCCACGCUUCAACCAAUCAUCCCUUCACGGCGUGCUCGCUCCCCGCACCAGCUGCAGGGCGUUCUGAAGCACAGUCGGAGCUCGUCUUCUACAUUCGUCCUCGAGGCGGCACGACUGCUCGACUAGCACAUUAUGCUGAGCAGCACCCUAACAUACCCAUGCGCGUGAUGCUGGACGGACCAUACGGCGGCAUCGACAUCCAGAAGAUCCUUCACUUCAACCACCAGCUCAUCAUCGCCGGUGGUUCAGCUGCAGGCUGGAUCCUCCCCCUACUCAGCGCGUUCCUGCUCAGACAAGAACCAACCACAGACAAACCCGGACAAACCGCCUUGAACCACGCGCAAAUGCGCAUAAUCCUAGCAACCCGCGACGUCGAGACGCGAGACUGGUUCAAAGAAUCCGUCUCCGAGCUCCUCGCCGAACAUGGACUGGAGAAGAUCCCACCCGGCCUCGCCAUCGAGCUAUACUACACCGGGUCCUCUUCCCCUUUCCUCUCACAAUCCCAACAACCUCAUCUUAUCCCCGAGAAAACCCCCGCCGCCCAGUCCACCAUCCUCUCCCGCUCUUCCUCCGACCCUUCAUCCUGCUCAUCAACCACAUCUGCCUCCAAGAUAGAACAGCACUUCACUCACCGCCCGGACCUCCCCGCUCUGGUCAGCACGGAAGUUGCAGCGUCGUCGAAUGCACUUGGGGUUUUCGUUUGUGGACCAUUGAGUAUGCAGAAUGAUGUGGCGAAUGCUGUGGCCGGGGAGCAAGUUGAGGUUUUGAAGGGUGGGAGUGAUGGUGGGGGGAAGGAUGUGUAUUUGCAUGUUGAGCAUUUUUCUUGGGCUUGA